AUGCUUCUGUCAAGGAUUUUCGUUCUUCUAUCGUGUAUUAACUAUGCUUCGCUCCAAGCGGUGGGUUCGAGACAAACAAUACCGGUGAAUGAUGCAUUGCUGAAAAGCGACGUCGACACGAGCAACGCAAUCUCGUUUUUCAAUGACAAACAAAGGCGUUUGAGAGUGCACGACACCGAUGACGAAGAUCGCAGAGCUUAUCUUGUUUCAGAGGAUGAAGAACGACAUCUGAUAGGAAGCAUUAUUGAAGCCGUUAGAAAUUACCUCGACCCAACAUACCACAGUGUGAAGAUGUUUGUCGACCCACGCAAAACUCAUCAGGACCUCUAUCAAGCUGGAGUGGAUUCUUCAGCCUUACAUUCAGCGUUGUGUAUUAGUGAAAUCAAAACAGAUCUUGAUAUCAAAAAAGCUCGUUAUAUAGCGUUGAUACCAACUUCAUGGACUCGCGAAGAACUCGUGGCCAAGUGGCGGGGGUAUGAUGAUUAUUGGGUAAUGAUGAACAUGAAAAAAAAAGGGUUGAAAUGA